CUAGCUUUGAGUGGACGCUCUGAAUGACACUCGAAACUCGUGUUCACAACGCGUGUAGCACAACGAAGGAAAGAAGGCGUAAACAGAAUCACCCAACUAGUUAGCAAGCAAGAUAAUGGAGAUGAGCAGCAGCAGCGAGUGCUUUGGUUGUGGCCGCACUGGGCACUGGAUCAAGAACUGUCCAAACGCUGGUGGGCGUGGACGUGGCAGAGGCCGAGGACGAGGCAAGGACUUGUUCUGCUACCGAUGUGGAAACCAAGGUCAUAUUGCCAGGGACUGUGAGCAGACCGAGGAUGCUUGUUACAACUGCCACAGGAGUGGCCAUAUUUCUCGGGACUGCAAGGAGCCCAAGAAGGAGCGGGAGCAGGUUUGCUACAGCUGUGGUAAAGCUGGCCAUGUAGCUCGUGACUGUGACCACGCCAACGAGCAGAAAUGCUAUUCCUGCGGAGGAUUUGGGCAUAUCCAGAAACUUUGCGAUAAAGUGAAAUGCUACAGGUGUGGUGAGAUCGGCCAUGUUGCUGUGCAUUGCAGUAAAUCUAAUGAGAUGAACUGCUACAAUUGUGGAAAGUCAGGUCAUCUUGCAAAAGAGUGCACCAUUGAAGCCACAGCAUAAUCAGUGCCCUAUGUUGCCCCUCCUAUUUUUCAGAUUGAUGGUUGGUUGUAUUAUUUUCUCUGAAUCCUCUUCACUGGCCAAAGGUUGGCUAACAGAGGCUAGUCCCAGGCCAGUGAGCCUCACGACAUGAAAUACAAUGAAAGGGGUGAUUAAAUAUCUAUCUGCAUUCAAUACAAAAAUGUUUUAGUUUGAUAGCGGUGUUAUGUAUAAUGCUUUGUUAAAGAACCCCCCCCUUUCCAAGCCACUGGUGAUCAGAGAUGACUGAAUGGGACUAAAUAUAUGGGAUAUAGGAUCUCUGAGCUUGUCGAAGAGAGUCUCAGCAAGAUAAGAAGGGAGUUAAUGUAAACCUGAACUUUCAGGUUGGAUAUUUUGGUUUGUUUUUAGUGGGAUACGAUGAGUUGGCCAAGAGAGUAUGACAUGGAAAACAGUUCACAACACGUUGCAUUGGAGCCCUAUAAGUCGAGUGGGCAACAAACUACAUGAUAUAUUGCAAAGUAAAAAAAUUGGAGGCAUAAAAAGAAUCUUGAAGUUCUUUUUAUAGAAACCUGUUUACAAGAUCACUUAAACCAAGGUAGAUGUGUCCUUUAAAUGGCUAGGGGAUUUUUUUCUACCUUGGUGGUAAUUCACAUCAAGAACAGUUGUUAGUUCAGCAGAAUUAGGAGUUAUUUGGGAAUGGAAAAUGUUUUCACAGAAAUCAAAUGUUAUUUUUGUACAAUAUCACUUAGACUACUGUAAAAAUACCAUUUGCUUGUACUCGGUUUUUAAGUCAGAAGGAAAAUGCAACUGAAGUCCUAGAAAAUAGAAAUGUAAUUUUAAACUGUCAAUAAAGCUGGAGGAGCACGGGGAGAAAAUUUUUGAUCGCUUUAUUUUCAGUUGCAAAGG